CGGGAGCGGCUGUUUUCUCUCAGUCUUGGGCUGUAGACUUCUGGUUCGCUUCCAGCCUCCUCCGCUAGUCGGACAUGGAGCUCGCCAGCAGCUGCUCCAGCUUCCAGUCGGACCUCGAUUUCUGUCCGGAGUGCGGCUCCGUCCUGCCUCUGCCCGGCUCUCCGGACACGCUCGCCUGCAUUCGUUGCGGCUUCCCGGUCCGCGUGAGGGACUUCGAAGGAAAGGUCGUGAAGACUUCGGUUGUGUUCCACAAACUGGGGACAGCCCUGCCUGCGUGGGGGGAGGAAGGACCCGAGUUCCAAGGACCCGUGGUUGAUAGGCGCUGCUCGCGAUGCGGUCACGAGGGGAUGGCCUACCACACCAGACAGAUGCGCUCGGCCGACGAGGGCCAGACCGUGUUCUACACCUGCACCAGCUGUAGGUUUCAGGAAAAGGAAGACUCUUGAUCUUUUUUUCCGGAUGACUCAAUAAUACCUCCUGCUCCUCUAGACGGUGAAGGAUAUGAUUCUUAGGUGCCUUGGCAUCCAUGCUGUCUGGUUGCAGUGCUUUUGCUCCCAGAGGAGAAUCACAUCAUCAUGUGGCAACUACCCUUGUCCCCAGAGUCUUCCUACCUCUGAGUUUAUUAAAGUUAUGUUUUUCUA